AUGCCAUCCAAUCGCUAUCACGACGAAACACCCACGUCAUCCUCUGGGCAAUCCACCCCCGCCCUCUCUAGCUCCGCUUCCUGGGCCGUUCCCACCACCGUUUCCCACGCCGUCACCGGAUUACUCCGACGAUUUUCCACCGAGCCAUCGACUCACUCUGGCAAUAAUGGGAAUGGCAAUGGGAAUCAUCACAACAAUCAUCAUAAUAACCAUCAUCAAACUUCCAAAACCCUAUCUCCGACCUUCUCCCCUACAAAUUCAAAUGGCAUACAAGGCGUCUACACACCACCGCAUCGCACCGCUUCGCCUUUUCAACCCCCGCCUUUAUAUCCGGUUACGCUGCGCGGAUGGAGGGAAAAUACUGAUGCGUCGGCGCAGCUUUUGAGUCGAGCGUUGGCGGAGGAAAUUAGGUUGUUGGUGCCUCCGCGCUUACAGUUAUGUGAGGAAUGGAAUUUAGUGUAUAGUUUAGAGCAGGAUGGGGUGAGUUUAGGGACACUGUAUAAGAAAUGUGAUGAUUUGAGAGGGUUGAGGAAUGGGUUUGUGUUGGUUGUUAGGGAUGGAGAAGGCGGGUUAUUUGGCGCAUACCUAACCGAAGCACCACAUCCCUCCCCCCACUACUUCGGCACUGGAGAAUGUUUCCUCUGGCGCGCCACCCUACUUUCCUCCUCCUUUCUAUCUAAUCUCCCUCCUCCCCCUUCCGCCGAUACAACGCAUCUGCAACGCACUACCACCAUCGGCGUCCAUCACACACAUACGCACACGCCGUCUCCCUCCUCCCUGCUCUCCCCCACAACCUCCACACACUCCCUCGGAGUAUCCCCCAAACCCCCUUCCUUCACCUCCAAAUCCGGAAGCAGCACCCCCGAACGAAUCCGCUUCAAGGCUUUUCCCUAUUCCGGCAUCAACGACUACAUGAUGUUUUGCGAAACGGGCUUUUUGAGUAUUGGGGGCGGCGAUGGUCAUUAUGGGUUAUGGUUGGAUGAUACGUUUGAGAAGGGGGUUAGUAGUAGUUGUCCUACUUUUGGGAAUGAGCCGUUGAGUGAGGAGGGGGAGAAGUUUGAUAUUAUUGGGGUGGAGGUUUGGAGUAUUGGGAAUUAG